AUGGACGAUGAAAAAUAUUUUACUUUGUCCAACUCCGAGAUGAAGGGUAACGAUGGGUUUUACACGAACGAUUACGAAAAUGUACCUGAUGAAAUAAAAUUCAAAAGUAAGAAAAAAUUUGAGGACAAAAUUUUGGUAUGGUGUGCAAUUUCUGAGGCUGGCUUUAUCUCACAGCCCUACAUUGGUGUUGUUCGAGGCGAAGCCUUAAACGCAAAUAUUUAUAUUCAAAGAUGUCUCUCUAAAUUGCUUCAGUUUGUGAACACACAUUAUGCAAAUGAUCAAAUAUUCUUUUGGCCAGAUCUUGCUUCAUGUCAUUACGCGAGGAUCACAAGGGACUGGUACGAAACUAACAACAUUACCUAUGUACCGAAAGCAGACAAUCCCCCCAACCUACAUCAGGCUCGUCCAAUUGAAGAGUUCUGGGCAAUAUUAAGUCGGAAAGUCUAUAAUAACGGAUGGGAAGCACAAAAUCAGGAACAGAUGAUGCAACGUGUCAGGGGAAUUAUUAGGCAAAUCGAAAUUAAUGGUCCCUUUUCUGUCAUUUGA